CUCCCACAACCCGCUCCUGCCAUCACCACAAGCACCAAAGUACCUCAUCGUUAUGGCAGUGUCGGUCCUAGGAAAGCGCCAGCGUGAUGCAUUUGAACCGGAAGUGUUACCGCUGCGGACUUCCAGUAAGCGCCGAACGCGAACGCCUCGGAUUCUCCAGGAGGAGACUGAGCCAUCUGUGAGCACUACAUCACGACAGCUCAGAUCAAGGACAAGAAGCGGUUUUGUGGUGCAGGAGAACAACGCCAAAGGGAAGAGCGAGAAAGCCGAGGAUGCUCCUUCAAAGCAUACAGCGAAAGAUGGCACCGCUGCGCCGUGUACCAAGAUCGAAUUCCACCCUUCAUCCUCAGGAGUUGUGAACGAUGAGAACUCACAGCCCGUCGAGUUCAAAACUCCUCAGAAGACUCGAUUUCGAAAUGCAUUGGACACAACUUCUCCCGUUACGCCGAAGCGUCGCGUGCAGAUCAAUGCAAAGAGCUUGACUCCACGGACACCCCGACAGGUGUCUACCCCUGCUGCCGCCGCCCAGACAGUUUACACACAAGCACGACAACUUUUUGCGCGAGGAUCGAGGCCUUCUCGGCUUGUUGGGCGAGAAACGGAACGGGGAAAGCUGACCUCGUUCAUCGAAGAAAGCCUCCAGUUACAGAGGGGGGGCUGCUUGUACGUCAGCGGUCCUCCUGGAACCGGAAAAAGCGCCAUGGUGGACGAGGUCUGCCGCGAGAUGGAUAUAAAGUCUGUAAAAGUCACACAUGUCAACUGCGCGAGUAUGCGUACUGCUCGUGACAUUCAUAGCAGGCUCAUUGGAGACCUGUGUGACGACUCCCAGGUCUUUAAAAAGAAUGAGUCCGAUAGACUGAAGGCUAUGUUUGUGCCGGAAAAGAAAGAAGACAGUCUCUACCUGGUGACAUUGGACGAGAUCGACCAUCUCCUCGCUUCGGACCCGGAAGUCCUACAGUCUCUGUUUGAAUGGUCUCUGCAUAGCAUGUCCCGCCUUAUUCUCAUUGGAAUUGCCAAUGCCCUCGAUCUUACGGACCGCUCUUUGCCAAAGCUCAAAGCAAAAAACUUGAAGCCUCGCUUGCUGCCAUUCUUGCCAUACAAUGCAGCACAGAUUGCCGGGGUGAUCACGAAUCUUCUCCGAUCCCUUCUCCCUGCCGGGCAAGAAUUUGAUGCGAAAUUUGUACCAUUUGUCCAGCCUGCAGCAAUCCAGCUGUGUUCUAAAAAAGUUGCCUCGCAAACCGGUGACCUGCGGAAGGCUUUCGAGCUUGUCCGGCGUGCUAUCGAUGUCAUUGAGCAAGAAACGCUUCAAAAGCUCGAAAAACAAAACAGCGUUCCGGAAAGCCCGUCGCAAACUGCCUUGGCCGAGAACAACAACCUGUCAUCCCCUGCCAGAACUUCCGGUGUCAAACAGAACCCCAUGUCCAUGUAUACACCUCUUACCGCCCCUCGAGCGAGCAUCGCCCAUGUCGCACGCAUUACGUCCUCGGUCUUUGGACAGGGAACCAUGCAGAGGCUUCAGGGCUUGAACCUGCAGCAAAAAGCAGUGAUUUGUGCGUUGAUUGCAUUUGACAGGAAACGGCGCGAAGGGGAGAUUCCAGGCACGCCGUCUAAAUCCCGGAAUUCUGCUCCUACCGCGAAACAGCUCUUUGAUACGUACUGUGCGUUAUGCCGAAACGAUAACAUCCUCCACCCUCUUACAGCAACCGAGUUCAAGGAUGUGAUCGGAAGCUUAGAGACUCUGGGUCUCGUGGGUGAAGUGCAAGGUCGCGGGCGAGGCGGCACUGUGGCCGGGGGCUCUGAUCUGCGACGGACGCCUUCCAAGUCUAGCAAUGGGCCUGGCACACCUCGAAAGGCGAUGGAUGAGCAGGGUCUGGCAUGUUUUGUGUCGGAGAAGGAAGUCCAGAGCCAGAUCUCCGGACCGGGCGAGGGUAUCUUGCGUCGACUCCUCACCGGUGAGGGGUUAUAAGCAGCAUGCAUCCCAAGUAAUGCAACUGAGCAUCAGAUCAUGGAGUCAUUGGAUAGGCGUUGGUGUGUCUUUUUAUUGUUACAGUUACUUUUGGGUAUCUCUAGAGCGAGCAUGUACAUCAAUGAUAACUAAUGAGUAAUCAGC